AUGCGGCGAAAAGACUGGAAAUAUCUGAACCCCUGGUGGGGCGAGCGCGGCCCGGAAGGAUCUGCAAGGCGCCGGGUCGGGCUGGUCUGGUCGGGCCGGCCAUGCUCCGUGGUGGAGUUUCCCGAGGACGGGCCGGAGCCGCAGUUUGACGAAUCUGAUCUCCCAAGCGGACUUCAAGUUGUGAAUGGUUCAAAAAAAUUAAUACAUUUCACCUCUACAGUUGCAAACCAACUUCUGAUGGUUUCUCUUCUAGAACAUCUCUGUCACAUGUAUACACAAAAUCCUGCUCGUUCAAGACAUUUGUUCAAAAUACUCGGUCACACAUUUACUAGAAUGGGCCUGCUUUCCUCUUUUGCUUUGUGUGAUGAAUUUAGUACUUUAAGACUGCAUCAUAAUAAAGCCAUUACUGAAUUAAUGAAAGCAGCUAAUCAACAAACACUUAAUGGGGACCUUGAAAAUGGAGAUUCCCAUACAGCUGGGGAAAAAGAAGCUGUCUUGGAAGCACAGACUUCACGUUACUUAAAUGAAUUUGAGGAGGUUGCAAGGCUCGGAAAAGGAGGGUAUGGCAAAGUAUACAAGGUCAGAAACAAAUUAGAUGGUCAAUUCUAUGCUGUCAAAAAAAUACUUAUUAAGAAGGCUACAAAAAGGGAUUGUAUGAAGGUACUACGAGAGGUUAAAGUGCUGGCUGGUUUGCAACAUUCUAAUAUUGUAGGUUAUCACACUGCUUGGAUAGAACAUGUUCACCCAGGAUGUUCAAAAGGUAAGAUACUUGUGGAAUUACCAUCACUGAAAAUAUCUUCUGAUGAUCAAGAAAGUGGCAAAGGUGGGUGUCACAGUCAAUGUAGUAGUUCAGUCAUCUUUGCAGAAUCUAGCUCAAAAGAAAAGAAAUCCUGUGGACAUACUUAUUUUGAAAGUCCUGGUGAUGAAUCAGCGCAAUAUAUGGAUAUAAGUCAUGAUUUUACUGGUGGAAACAGUGAAGAUUGUUUAAAAAUGAAAAAAUGUGAACAACGCAUGGAAUUGCGAGAGAACUGCAUGUGUGAUACUACUAGUGGAUCAAGUUAUUUUGGAAAUCAUUCAUCAUAUGGACCUCAUUCCAACCUGGAUAAAGACUGUGUUGCAUCAAGUGAUUCCUGUACUGAAGAAACUACAUGGUCUCAAGAAACUACAUCUGUGCACAGACCAUGUGAGGUGGAGUAUCAUUUAAUGCUUCAUAUACAGAUGCAACUAUGUGAAAUCUCCUUGUCGGAUUGGAUUGUUGACAGAAACAAAAGAUGUGGUGAGAAAACAGUGGAAAAUUCCAGUCCUUACCAUCUUGUGGAUGUCCACUGGACCUCAAAAAUUUUUAAGGAGUUGCUAGAAGGAGUGUACCAUAUCCACCGCAUGGGAGUAAUGCAUCGAGAUAUUAAACCCAGAAAUAUCUUUCUAUAUGGAUCAGACCAUCAAGUGAAAAUCGGAGAUUUUGGGCUAGCCUGCAGAGAGAUCCUACAGGAAGACACAGACCACUGGUUUGAGACAAAAGGGGAAAAAUAUAAUGAAGAAAAACACAGACUAAGACACACUUCAGGAGUGGGUACUUGCCUGUAUGCAUCACCAGAACAGCUGCAAGGAUCUCAGUAUGAUUUCAAGUCAGACAUGUACAGUCUGGGUGUAAUUCUCUUAGAACUCUUUCAGCCGUUUGGAACAGAAAUGGAGAGAAUUGAAGUUCUAACAGAGUUGAGGAAUGGUCACAUUCAAAGUAGCUUUAGCAGAGAAUGGCCAGUAGAAGCUAAGUAUAUUAAGCUACUAACCAGUAAAGUAUCAUCACAGAGACCAACUGCUGCUCAGCUUCUUGAAAGUGAAUUGUUUCAUACAACAGAAAGAGUAAUCUGCAUUCUGAAGCAGAAGGUAAAACAGAAAGAAGAAGAAAUUGAGAAGCUUAAGGAGAAAAUAAAAUGGCUUUUAAAAGAAAGAGAGCAGAGAGCAGAGUACAAAGAGCUUGGUUCUCCAGUUUAAGUAAAAUUGGAAGUCAAACUAUGUAUAUACUGAGAUGCUAGUGUUUUGACACUAAAUAUGUUUUUAUAUAAAAUACUUAAAUGUAAGGUGUCCUGCCUGAUCUUUCAGACAAUGGCUAACCAUUGCAUCACAACUUGCUUUGUCUUUUAUCUGGAAUUGCCCUCAGCUUAUUUAAAAUACAUUUUUUAAAAGGAUCAUGUUUGUCUUUCUGUUA